AUGGCGCGACGCUCUCCCCUGGCUGUGAUCGGUCUUGCCCUCUGCGCGUGGCUGCUCUGCGCCCCGGCCUUCGUGGGACCGCUGGUCCAGGCUCCAGAAGUGGCCAGCGCCGCGCAUUCUGCGGCUUCUCAGGUCCCGGAGAUUGCCAGCAGCGUUGCCUUGGCGGAUCUGUCCCCGCUUGAGAACCCCAACAUCACCUUCGUGGUGCUGCUGUCGAUGUUCUCCAUGUCCAUUGCGCUCGUGGUUUGGGGACGUAACGGCUUCUAA